GGAGUGCUUCCGGGUUGUACCGGAAGCAGUUCUCUGUGUUUCCGUAGCGAUUGACGAACUUCUGUCGUUUGUGCUACAAUUUUUUCUUCACUUCGGUAGAGGGUUUUGUUUUGAAAUCCACUGCCACCAUGAAACUCGUGCGAUUUUUGAUGAAAUUGAGCCAUGAAACGGUUACCAUUGAGCUGAAGAAUGGCACCCAGGUCCACGGCACAAUCACAGGUGUGGAUGUGAGUAUGAACACUCACCUGAAAGCGGUUAAGAUGACCCUGAAGAACAGAGAGCCCACUCAGCUCGAGUCCCUGAGCAUCCGCGGCAACAACAUCCGCUACUUCAUCCUGCCUGACAGCCUUCCCCUUGACACCCUGCUGGUGGACAUCGAGCCCAAAAUCAAGUCGAAGAAGAGGGAGGCGGUGGCUGGCCGUGGACGAGGACGAGGGAGAGGACGCGGCAGAGGAAGAGGACGUGGAAGAGGUGGACCGAGGAGAUGAAUCACUUAAGCGCCGCUCCUUUUUCCAGUGUGUACAGGACUUUUUUUUUCCCAUUUGGAAAUAUUGAUUAAUUUUUCUUUUGUACAUUAAACUCAACUUUUUUGAGAAGUGCUUUUUGUCCAUCAGUGAUUUGAUUGAUGUGAUGUCUCAUUAAGAUUUGCAUGGUUCUAUUUUUUUUGUUCUAGUGAUAUUCAAGAUCAAAGUUCUGGGAAUUAAAAUAUUAAAGGAUUUUCGUUUGA